UUGUGACUCAUAUAAACAGACAUCUGUACUCUAAUCAAGGUGUUAUAUAUACUGCAGCAGGUACUGUCAAACAAGGGAGAUAACUCUGAAGAUUGUAAGUUCCUAUCACUUAGCGUAUAGCAUUACAGAAGUUUCUAGUCUGCCAUACCAUGUGAAGGGCAAGAAUGUGCCCAAGCCCUGGCAACUUUAGCUACAAGAAAAUGGUAAGGAUAAAAAACAAUAUAGGAUGGAUAUCGCAGCUCCGUACAGUGUCUUGGGUGGUAGGGCUGACUGAGGAGCCCACAAGUGCAUUAUUAGAUCGGUUUCUGCAAAGGAGUGUUUGCAUGUCUCACAACUUGGAUGGAGAUCAUGCAUGUUUUUUUAUCACAGGCUCACUUCAUCAAUGCAGGUAAUGUUUAAGUUCAGACAGUACAUGCCUCGACUUGUGUGGAUGUGUGAUCAAAUUCUUGACACAACACAGGCCAUUUCUGUAUGUCAGGAUAUUCAUUGUGAAUGCUCCUAUUUCCUGGAGAUUUAUGGCUUCCUUGAUGAUUGGAGGGCUCUGACAGUUCGGUGCACUUUUUGAGCGGACAGAGUUGUGAAUGAACUGUUAUAGUGUAUUGUGAUAAUGCUGUUGCACUUGGAACCCGCUCAUUGUGAGUCGCCGAUGAGUUCAUGCUUUUCUUAGUAGAUUAAAUUAGUUUGGCAGCUGCUUUGGGAAUGUUUGCCGAAGUCUUUAUAUUGGAACAGCUUACACAACUGAAGCAUCUGGAUACAUGCAGACUUGAAACAUGUGGAAAUCGUCUCUGAAGAUUGCGAUGGGCAGCGACAGGACCAUGGACUGGGUUACUUGUGACUGAACUCAGCGCUAACCGUCGUCACUUGCGAUGAUUGGCAGCUACAGACACAGCAAAUACAUCGAUGAUGCAGAGAAGGAUGAACAGUACUUGAUGGUAUUCGCGAGGUAUUAACGGAGGACGUCCGGUGAAGUUUGGAUAUCAAGUCGCAAUAUCGUGUUCUCUACUUUGGGUUCAUGAACAGCUAUGUGUGAGGCAUUGUGGGAAAAGUGAUUUGGAAUUGGAUUGUGACACUGCGGAAGCGUUUGGAAAAUUAGCUGAUUUUGAUUCUUCAUGAAUGAGGAUAGUUUGUGUCAUGUGAGCUGACACUCAUUGGUGGCUCAGGAGAAUAUCGCUUUGUUCGAAAGACGAGGAAUCGUGACAAAAGUUGAGAAAAGUGUGACGAUUGGAUGAUUCGGUUGAUUUUGUUUGAUGGAUUCGUUCAGGAAAUGCUUCUUUUAAUGAAGUAGAUUAUCUUGUCGCUGGAAAUCAAUUUGUGUUAUUAGUGCAAAUAGCAGAGGACGGUUCGGAGGAUGGAUUGACAAGGAGUCAUCAUCGGAAACGGGGAUGUGGCGAUACAGUUAGCAGAUUGACACAUCUAGGUCGUGACAUCUACAGAGUUGUAAUGACAUUGAGUGACACCUGUCAAUCAAUUUGUUGAAAUGGCAUGUUUCUGAUCUCUGUUAAACACAGUAUUCCACUGGAAGAUUCCAAACAUUCAAUGGAUUCAUGGAAUUAUCUAUGCAAGAGUUUUUCUGAGGAAAUGCAUCUGUAAUGGAUUUAUGAAAUAUCUGAUCUUGAUUUUCCCUGUUUGUCCGUGAUGUAGGUGCUGUGGAAUUAUCAAAAGUAAAGCGCAAAUCCAUGUGUGAAUUAUUAUAAAGGAACAUAAAAUCGAAAAAUGUUUGACGAAAAUUUCACGACUCCAGUUUGGGGGAAUUUAUCGGCUAACAGCACAGAUCCGGUUAAAAGGGAAUGGGGAAUUGUAUUCUCUUCGAUAGUCUCCUCAAUUCUGUGUGUGUCCGCCUUGUUAUCAGUCGUGGGAAAUGCCAUGGUGAUCCUGGUAGUGGUCCGACACCGUGGGAUGCGAACUCGGACCAACCUGUUUUUGGUGAACUUGGCGGUGGCCGACUUCCUUGUUGGUUGUCUGGCGAUGCCAGCAGCCAUCACGACAAUCCUCGCUGGAACGUGGAAGUUUGGAGAUGAGUUUUGUGUGAUUCACGGUUUCAUUAACCCUUUUUGUCUAGUAGCAUCCAUUCAUACUCUCAUGUACAUCAGUAUUCACAAGUACUACUCAAUAACGCGUCCGUUCAGCAGUUCUUUUACGUUACGAUGUGUUCUCCUGAUGAUGGCAUUUACAUGGAUCUGGGCGGGAGUGAGUGGCACCAUCACGGUCGUAGGACUGAACAACGUGACCUAUAAGGAAGGCACGUCCCAGUGCGGCCCUGUAUAUCCCCACGAUGUACGAACCUACACCCACCAUGCUAUUAUCUUGAUAACUAAUUUUGUUAUUCCGCUGUUAAUUCUUGUGUACUGCUACUUAAAAAUGUUCAAGGUAAUACGGGCUCACACGAAACGGCUUCAGGAAAAUACUACACUGGAACAAGAUGUGAUACUUGCUCAACAGAAAAAGGUGGCGGUCACUUUGUUCAUUGUGUUGGCGUGUUUUAUUACUUGUUGGAUACCUUACAACAUCUACACCAUAUAUGUGACGAGCUUGAAGGACAAGAAGCACUUCUCCAUCUACAUUAAUCCUUUGGCGUACAUGUUUGGCUAUCUUAACAGCGCCUGUAAUCCCAUCAUCUAUGCGUUCCGCAGUCCAUCGUUCCGAGAAGGAUACAAAGAGAUAUUGUGCCAAAACCCACAAUAUGUCAUCACUGAUGGUGGCCAUUCAAGAAAAUUUGGUGAUUGCUCCACCAUGGGACUACAGUCGAAAGUUCUCGAACCAGACACAUUACAUGACGACGGUGGGAUGAUGACAUUUCGACGUUUGUCAAACCUCUUCUCAAGUAGACGGAGCACUGCGCGUUCCCCUUCCUCCCCCGAGACGGAGUUUAUGUACCAUUCUACGACUAGUCUCAACAGUCACAUCAAGAAAAAUCCUCGGGCAAAUUUUAAGAGGGAAAAAAGUGUCACAGAACUCAUGCGAAAUGCAUCUAAACAUGGAAACGGAACUUCAAUUAUUCAUCAAGAUGGGACUUCCGUGAUAAUGAAAGAGGGAAAAAUAGUCAGUGUUAGACAAAAGAAUGAAACGCCACGGGGUAGUCCCUUGUUUCAGGGGAGAGGGCUGUUUAAAUUCAGAGAAACAACAGGGGGGACAACUAACAAAGUUGGAAAUGGCAGUAUGGUAGAGUUAGCUCCCUUGAUUACAAAUGGCCGACUUUCUUCACAUGAAAACAAGAUGGAGGACAACAAUUCUUGUGGAAGUGAUGAAGUGUUUGAUAAGUCUGCUGGAAUAAUAAGAGAAAAUACUCAAGAGACCAGUUGUUGUGAUGAAAUCAAAGGUGAAAGCGAUGCUAAUGAAAACAAUAAGUUAAUUGCUUGUCCUAUUCAUGAAAAUGAAAACGCAGAAAAUGUGACUGCUGUUGCUGAAGAAGUUGAAAUUGUUAUCAGUAUUAGUGAUGAUGAUGGCAUCUUGAGUUCAAUGCCACUAACCCCAAAUACAAAGCAUCGGCUCACGAGGAGUGAUCUUGUCCUUGAUUCAGACAAAACUGACGAUAAAGAUCAGUCAAAUGGAAAGAAAAAACUAAAAUGUGCAAGGAGUUCUGAAGUUUUGUCAAGAGCCCCAUUGCUGCGGUUUCCAUCGGUUGAACAUUUAGACAUUCCCAAGGGUAUGCCACGAUCUGCUAGUGACAACAACUUCAAGAAAAUCAAAUCCUCACCAAGACCGUCACCUCUCAUCCCAAGAAGAUGGACAUUUAGCAAACUAAAAACAUGAUUCAUCCGAGAUGUUUAUUAUUGCAAUGAGACUUGGUAAAGAUGAAUCAAAUACAACAAAAUGUUUGUAUAGAUGAGUAUGGUUAUUUUUAUUUCAUUCAAGAAAUAUAUACGUAAGGUCAUGGAAAUUAUGACUGGCAUUGUGCUUGAAAACGAUAAUUAUUAGUAUUGCUAUAGCUGAAGGAUAUAAUGAAAUGUACUGCUCAAUAUUUGACUAAAGAUGACUAUUUUGGUCCUUAACAAACAUUGAGGAGUAUAUUAGCAUAAUUUACUUAUCAUCUGAUGUGGCAAUGACUUGGUAGACUUGCUUCAUUCUUAUUCUUAGGUUUUAUCCAACUUAUUUUUAGGUUUUUAAGUUCCUUAAAAGUUUUUUUAGGUCCUAAAAAAUUAUAACCAGAUUGAAUUUGAAUGAUUCUCUAUAAAGUAUGAUGUCUUUCAUUGAGAUCAGUGUUUUGGCCGAUACAAGUUUGAAAACAAGAGGAAGAUAAACUGAAUAUGAAGAAACGGCAGUUCUGGAUUUUCCUCUCCAUUAGGUGAUGACGUGACACAGGACACACUAAAGGGCAAAAUGACUUCUGUCACAUUUAUCUUUGAGGAUGUCAGGGUGUGCAGAUUGAUUGCAAUGUCUCGAGCCAGGUUUUCCUGCUUCUGUUUUAGAAUGGAGGCCAUUAUGUAACCAUGGUAUGUGACAUGUAUAGCAAAAAAUGUAAUCGUGAAUCUCGGACGGACUUUGGACUGUUCAUUAUGGCUGAAGGCUUUUCAUGGACCACAUCAACAAAUAUCCAGGAACAUAUUGAGAUGGAGUUGUUCAGCAUCUGGUACGAUUGCAAGAAAAUUGAGCGACGCAAUCAAUCAAAUCAAACCUUUACCAAUUCUUCUUCCUAGGAAAAACAUGGGAUUUUACAAACCUGCAAUAUACUUACAUGAAGAGCGUCAGGGAGUCGACAAUUUAAAACUUAGACAUUUUGGGGUUGAUGAACAGUAUUAUUUUACCUUGCCUGUUUUAUCAUAAUCCUUACUUCACAAUUGUCCAGAUAUAAUAAGUAUGAAAGAAUAUAUAUAGUCCCGCGAUAUUGGGGCUGACAUUGCAAAUGAUAUGGUCAUAAACAAUAUAUAUCUUUUGAAUCUGCAAUUUCAUAUUCGACUGGGGGCAGUUGGGUAGCCUAGUGGUUAAAGUGUUCGGUCAUCACCUCGAAGGAACAGGUUCAAAUCCCUAAUCGGAUAUAUGUGAAGCCCAUUUCUGUUGCCCCCGCCAUAUUGCUGGUAUAUUGCUAAAAGCGGCGUAAAACCAUCAUUGAUAUUCAGCUGGGGCAGUUGAUCUUUGUAAAAGGCAGAAAAUCAAAAAGUGAUAUACAUGUAUUACUCAUCAAGACAAGAAUCACAAUUACUGGGUUGUCUCAUGUCUGAGACGUCCACAGUUUGUUGUCUACAAUAGUUAAGCACUCCUUCAUUUCGUCUUUCAUUCCCUGUUUUCAUUGACGAUGCCAUGUGUAUGUUAGUUUAGUCACGAAGAUACUAACCAAAAUAGUCUAGUAUCUGUGUCCUUGUUGACCUAAGAAAGUAAAUUGUACAAAUAUUCAACUGAAUACAAGAAUGUUAUUUGUUGUGAUUAAUAAUUGUAAAUUUCCGUUGUAAAGAUUGUUUGGAUCUCAGGAUAUCUGAAGUUAUUCAGAUCUGCAAUAUGUGGUGAUGUAGUGUUGUUUUAGAAAUUGUCUUGUUGAUAAACAUUGAUUUCCUGUGUCCAUGCCAUUCAGUGCUGCCACAAAGGAUUUGUAUAUUAACAUUGCUCUCAUUUAAUCUGCUUCACUGAAUUCUAUACUACUCAAGAAAAGAAAAAGAAAACCCGAUUUGUUUAGUUACUAUGUAAGCAUUAGUAAUUUGAAAGAAUCAGGUGUUCUUUUACUUCUUUUGAGUAGUGUAUUUUGUUAUUUUAGGCCAUGUAAAUGCGUUUUGUCAACCAUGGACCCAAUGCUCUUUUACAUUGCUGUGUUGCCAUGUCGACCAUGGACUGAUUGUUGCUGUUACACCAUGCCAUUAUGUGAUUGCUGCUGUGUCCAUGGACCCAGUGUUACAUUGUUUCCUUGGGGAAAUACAAGACACUGGCGCCACGGACCAAAUGUUUUCCUGUUGUUUUCUGUUACUUCUGUUGCACUAUGAACCCUUUAAAUGUGUAUGUGAGAGUCCACAGUUACGCCAUGCUAUAACGCCAUGCUAUAACGCCAUGCAAUGGAUCACAGUAACGCCAUGCAAACCUAAGGCUAGGUGCUGUGGCUAUAUGAUCACAGUAACGCCAUGCAAACCUAAGGCUAGGUGCUGUGGCUAUAGGAUCACAGUAACGCCAUGCAAACCUAAGGCUAGGUGCUGUGGCUAUAUGAUCACAGUAACGCCAUGCAAACCUGAGGCUAGGUGCUGUGGCUAUAGGAUCACAGUAACGCCAUGCAAACCUAAGGCUAGGUGCUGUGGCUAUAGGAUCACAGUAACGCCAUGCAAACCUAAGGCUAGGUGCUGUGGCUAUAGGAUCACAGUAACGCCAUGCAAACCUAAGGCUAGGUGCUGUGGCUAUGGUUCAUAGUAACGCCAUGCAAACCUAAGGCUAGGUGCCGUGGCUAUAGGAUCACAGUAACGCCAUGCAAACCUAAGGCUAGGUGCUGUGGCUAUAGGAUCACAGUAACGCCAUGCUAUAACGCCAUACAAACCUAAGGCUAGGUGCUGUGGCUAUAGGAUCAUAGUAACGCCAUGCAAACCUAAGGCUAGUGCUGUGGCUAUAGGAUCACAGUAACGCCAUGCAAACCUAAGGCUAGGUGCUGGGGCUAUAGGAUCACAGUAACGCCAUGCAAACCUAAGGCUAGGUGCUGUGGCUAUGGUUCAUAGUAACGCCAUGCAAACCUAAGGCUAGGUGCCGUGGCUAUAGGAUCACAGUAACGCCAUGCAAACCUAAGGCUAGGUGCUGUGGCUAUAGGAUCACAGUAACGCCAUGCUAUAACGCCAUACAAACCUAAGGCUAGGUGCUGUGGCUAUAGGAUCACAGUUACCCCAUGCUAUAACGCCAUGCAAACCUAAGGCUAGGUGCUGUGGCUAUGGUUCAUAGUAACGCCAUGCAAACUAAGGCUUGGUGCUGUGGCUAUAGGAUCAUAGUAACGCCAUGCAAACCUAAGGCUAGUGCUGUGGCUAUAGGAUCACAGUAACGCCAUGCAAACCUAAGGCUAGGUGCUGGGGCUAUAGGAUCACAGUAACGCCAUGCAAACCUAAGGCUAGGUGCUGGGGCUAUAGGAUCACAGUAACGCCAUGCAAACCUAAGGCUAGGUGCUGUGGCUAUUGAUCACAGUAACGCCAUGCAAACCUAAGGCAAGAUGCUGUGGCUAUAGGAUCACAGUAACUCCAUGCAAACCUAAGGCUAGGUGCUGUGGCUAUAGGAUCACAGUAACGCCAUGCAAACCUAAGGCUAGGUGCUGUGGCUAUAGGAUCACAGUAACGCCAUGCAAACCUAAGGCUAGGUGCUGUGGCUAUAGGAUCACAGUAACGCUGUGCAAACCUAAGGCUAGGUGCUGUGGCUAUAGGAUCACAGUAACGCCAUGCAAACCUAAGGCUAGGUGCUGUGGCUAUAGGAUCAUAGUAAUGCUGUGCCAACCUAAGGUUAGUGCUGUGGCUAUAGGAUCAUAGUAACACUGUGCCAGCCUAAGGCUAGUGCUGUGGCUAUAGGAUCACAGUAACGCCAUGCAAACCUAAGGCUAGGUGCUGUGGCUAUGGUUCACAGUAACACUGUGCAAACCUAAGGCUAGGUGCUGUUGCUAUAGGAUCAUAGUAACGCCAUGCAAACCUAAGGCUAGGUGCUGUGCCUAUAGGAUCACAGUAACGCCAUGCAAACCUAAGGCUAGGUGCUGUUGCUAUAGGAUAACAGUAACGCCAUGCAAACCUAAGGCUAGGUGCUGUGGCUAUGGUUCAUAGUAACGCCAUGCAAACCUAAGGCUAGGUGCUGUGGCAUUAGGAUAAUAGUAACGCCAUGCAAACAUAAGGCUAGAUGCUGCGGCUAUGGUUCAUGUAACGCCAUGCAAACCUAAGGCGUAGGUGCUGUAGCUAUGGUUCACAGUGAUACCAUUUUAUAACAACAUGCAAACCUCGUGAUAGGUGCUGUGACUAUAGGAUCAUAGUAAUGCCAUGAAAACCUAGGGAUAAAUGCUGUCUCUAUGGGAUCGCAAUAACGCCAUAGCAUAGAAACCCAGGGACAGGUUUUGUUGCCAUGGGCUCACUAUAAUGCCAUGAUGUUAUGCUUAUUAUUGACUAGGCUUUGGUUUGCGUAAAGGCUCAAAGCUAUUCUAUCAAAAUGGCAGUCAUAUUCCUUUGAAUUAUGCAAGGCAACAGAUUUCUUUUUUCUCGAGACCUGCCCGCCACCCCAAAAAUACCACCAACCAAAAUAUGAUCUUUCUUGUAAAUAAACAACUUUUUCAACUUGUUGCCCAGUCCAUGCAGUUCAGGGGACGGUUGGGUAGCCUAGUGGUUAAAGUGUUCGCUCGUCACGCCGAAGACCCGGGUUCGAUUCCCUACAUGGGUAUAAUUUGUGAAGCCCAUUUCUGGGGUCCCCCGCCGUGAUAUUGCUGGAAUAUUGCUAAAGCGGCGUAAAACCAUAAUCACUCACUCCAUGCAGUUCAUAGUAUGUCAGAUUCCCAGAAGACCAGCUGUGUUGACCAUGGCCUCAAAUCCAUCACUUCAUACCAUGAGAUGCAAGGGGCUUGGUUCCCUCUUUAUCCAGUCUUGUCCAACUGCACUUACCAUGACAUAGAGGGCAUGGGGUAGCCUAGUGGUUGAAGCGUUCAGUCAUCACCCCGAAGGCCCGGGAUCGAUUCUCUACAUGAAUACGCAUGGAGCCCGUUUCUGGUGUCCUAAACCUUAUUGCUGAAAGUUGCGUAAAACAAUCCUCAGUCCUCACUUCAGUGACCCAGUGCCAGGUGUUAUGGUUUAGUCAGUACCUAUGGACACGGCCAGUGGCAAGUUAUCAAAAAGUAUAAAAUACUGAAUAGUUAACCUCACAAGUCAUUCAUGGGCCCUUUUUGGUGUCAAUACAGGUUUUCUGUCAAACUGGACAGUCAGUUUUAUCAUGUCUGUAGAUGAGGAUUUCUCUGGGUACAUAACAUUUUCCUCAACCUCUGUGAUAAUUUAACAACAAAAUGGCAGAUAUUGUAUCGUUUGUAGUCACAUUAUGGAGUAUUCAGGUGAAUACAUGCUCUUACGUUUUUCUUUUCUGAAUAGGGAACUGUGAUUUCUUUUUAUUUGGUACAAGAAAUAAUUCAAAACCAACUGUAGGAAAAUUUACCAAUAACUUUCCUCUUGUCAGUAUUAAACCAAUAUUGAUCUUUGGAUGGUUGGUGGGAAACUUACAAGACAACUUGGCGGCAACUAAUUGUGUUUAAUUGACAGUGAAGAGGACGUCUGUUGAAAAUCUGAAAAUGUUUGUUUGAUUUAAGCCAAAAUAUAGGAUUUAUGGCCGAUAUGUAAUAGAGGUAGAAGUUUUGUAAGAAUUAUUGAUCUUUGGAUGGUUGGUGGGAACUUGAUUAAUUAACAUGAUCAGCUGCUUGUACUGAAAUAACCAUUCAAUGUUUCACAAGAAAAACAUGCUCUUAGUUUUUGUUAAUCGAGAAUUUGUCAAAAUAUGUUGAAAUUAGUGCCGUAAAGCAUGAGUAGGCUGCUUUCUGAUUGGCCAAUGUUGACUUCUUGUCAGUCAUUCCAUUGGUCAAUCAAAGUUCACGCAAGAUUGGUCUGACAUGAGCUGUAAUGGGAUGUCCUCAUAUCUUUGUGUUAGCGGUAUGGAGAGCUAAGAUCUGAUUUUAAUGAGAUUGAUAAGUAAAUGAUUGACAUAGCUAUUUAUUUUUAUUUUUAUUUCGACCGCCCUAAUGUGGAAAACCGAAAUAAAUCUGUAAAAUAUUAAAUUAAAAAUGGGUGGCCUUAUUGUAAUAAUUCUAUUAAUCUAGAAAGACAGGUAAGAAAAUUUUGCUUUCAUUUCCCCUCUCAAAGGCUAUACCAUACGUCAUGUUUUUUCUUGUCUCCAUGAUCAGUUGGAGGGACCAUUCGGAGAAAAAAUCAGAAAAGUUAAGUAGAAUACAGCUUUUGUUUUCAACUUUUGAAAACACAACAUUUACCUGAGUAUACUCUCAUGUGCAUCUGACGUGACUUAUUUCCUCGUAAUGAAUAUAGGGCUGAGUUGUUUCAAGUAUUCUCUACUUGAGUAUUACCGUAUUCGACGUAAUAAGCUCCCCGCUCUAAUAAGCGCCCACGGCGAUAUUUGAUACUAUAUUGGCUAGUGAACAAUCCCAAUUAGCACUGCUUACGAUUGUUCAAUGCACACAAGACU